AUGCAUUCGAUUAUGGCAAUACUUGGAUUUUAUGGAGUCAGUGAUGAAUAUAUUUUAUCAAAAAUAAUAGAUGAUAUUGACAAUGGGACAGUUUCAAUAGCAAACAAAUACCAAAUGAAUGAAGUUGUAAUGAUAUUAAGAUUUCUCAAGAAACAGUCAACUCAUUUACCUCAGAUUGAAUUUAAGAAAAUUACAUCAAAAGAAGAACGAUUUUGGAAUAUGAUUAAAGAAGUUGAUUUGAGUAGAAUGAAUGAUCAAGAAAAAGAAGAAUAUUGUGUUGAAUAUAUUAAUGGAUUUGGAUUUAGAAAUAUUCGUGAAUGGAUAAAGAAAAUAAAAACACCAUAUUAUUCAUAUGCAUUUUCUGUAAUACAAUAUAUUCUUGUUAAAACAAAUCAUUAUGAUAAUAUAUAUGAAAUAUUAUACAUUUUUAAUACACCUGAAAAAGUUCAACAUGAUACUUUUAUUUCAUUAUUUGAAGAACUAUUUGUUACAAUAAGAACUCAGUGUCACCUUGAUUCUUUUAUUAAAAUUAUUGGGUUAUGUGUUGAUACUCCAAAAUAUUUUUCAAGAAAACAAAUUCUUUUAAUUAAUGAAAUUUAUGAUACUUGUCAGAAAGUUAAAGGAGUUGUUAAUUCAAAUGAAUCAGAAACAUCACUAUUUGAUAAAAAUAUAUUAAUGGAAGUUAAAGAAAGGGCUCAACAGCGAUAUGAUGAGAUGAAAAGAAAACAAGAGAUAGAAGAACAGAUGAGAAAGAAAAGACAAGAAGAAACAAAACGAGAAAGAUCUCAUUCUAGACAUUCAACAGAAACACAACUUAAGUCGUUGUAUUUAGAAGAUACAUCUGAAAGAAAUAAAAAAGAAAAUUAUUAUCAUAGAUUGUCUAGUAGAAAAUAUGAAGAAGAAAAGAAAAAAGUAUUUUCAUUAGAUGAUUUACCUGGAUUUGGGACAAAUGAAUUAAGAGUAUUUGAUGAAAAAAAAGGAAGUAAAGAAACAACACAAAACAAAGAAGUUAGUGGAUCAUUAUUACCUGAAUCAAGUGAAGAUGAAAUGUUUGACAUAAAAGAUAUGAAACAUCAUCAAAAUAUAUCUAUUUUAUUAAAAAGACCAAAAGAAGGUAUUAAAUAUAUUCAAGAAGCAAUUGAAAUUGGAGGUAUACAAUCAUAUUCAUAUGAAAAUCAAAUGAAAGAGUUAAUGAUAGAAUUUGAAACUCCACAAGACUUACAAAUGUUUUUAAGAACAAGAAUAAUUGGAGGAACAAAUUCUAAAACAUUUUAA